UCUUUUUCCUCUCCCCUUUCUCUUUCCUUCGCUGUUCUCCCUCUCCACUCUCCAGAGACCCAUUUCCACUCCUUUCCUCUGUUUCUCUUUCUUCUUCCCUGUUCUUACUCUCCAGAGGCCUAGCUCCACUCCUUUCCUCUGCCAAGUUCGCUCGAGAUCCCUUGCAGAAAUGACGAGGAACAAGAACUUGCUCCAAUCUCGAUGCAGGCUCCAGCCGAUUCACCGUCGCCGCUCAAGCAAAAGAGAGGACAUCGAAGAGAAUGAGCGCGAUGGUGAUGGGCCAUCUUCAACCGGGAAGAGAUAUCAAAGGGGAAAGAACAGAGUAGAUAUAGUUUCAGGAAACGAUGACGCUUCUUCUUCUUCUUCAAGAAGAGGUGGAAAGCAGAAUGCUGGAAAGUGCAUGGCAUGUGCAAUCGACUUCGAAGCACAUGAAAUUAAUACGAGGCUCAAAACAAUGGUGGAGGAUGAAGUCGAUACGGAGACUUUUCGUCCUAUGCAUGAAAGCAACCGUAUCAUGGUUCAAAGACUGGCGGCUAUUUAUCUUUUACGCUGUUAUAGUCAAGGUCCACGAAAACACAGAUAUAUAGUUGUGAAACAAACUUCAAGGAGUCGUUUGCCUACAUGUUCUGAUCGCAUUGAUAAGCUUAUGGAGAAAGCUGUCAAAAAUGUAGAUUGUAACUGCAACAAUCUCGAGUCCGACACGCCUCAAACGAAGUCUAGGAAGAUAAUCAGAAAGAGAAAUAACUCUCAUCGUGGAAUGAAAUCUUCUGGCAGCAGCUUGUUUUUGGGACCAGUCUUCAUUUCAAGUGGUUUCUUGCAGUCAACGGAGAUGAUAAAGUCAUCAUCAAGUAAUUCCGUUCAUGUUCAUCCUUGUCCUCCAAAGUUCAAGGCUUAUGAGGGAUACAUGAGCGGAUAUGGGUCCAAGCUUCUAGCUAAGAUGGGAUAUAGUGGGGGCGGCUUAGACUGUAGUUGUAUGAUUGGAAGGGGAAGAAAUUCAUUUGGUGGCAAUGCUUAUCAGAAAGGACCUCACCUGAUUGCUCAGUAUUUUUGA